CCGGUUUUCAAUAUUAUUCCUGCCGUAGAUAGAGUUUGAACAUACCGUACUGUAAUAAUUUCCUUUGUUUGAUUUUUCCUCCCUUUGCUUCUUUUGUUUUUAUUAUUAUUAUUAUCUGUUCUUGGUGUUCGCAGCGGUACCUGAUUGUCAGGGAUUCUGUAACCUGCAUAAUUGUGAACAGGGUGCAAAUGUGCUUCUGCUGCGGCCCGUUCACCAGAGGGAAAAAGAAAAAGAACCAAAUGGUUUAGCUAGGGAAGGUGAGUGCGUACUGCUCCCUUCUCGUGCGACUUAUAAGCUAAGGUCAGCCCACACGUCCGUCCUCACUCUUUUCCUCCUUUCCUCUCUCUCUCCUUCCAUCUUUGCCCUCCUACAUCCACUUCCAACCCCUUACCAAUCUACAACAGCUCUCCAACCUUCAAACAUCCCUCACAAACACAAACUUUAACAGCAAAAAUCUGUCACAAUGGCCGCUCGUGUCCAACACCCUGCUCCUGCGUUCAAGGGAACUGCUGUCGUUGAUGGUAGCUUCGAAGGUGAGUUUGUCUGGCAAAUGUUUAGCCCCUGUCGACAUUUUUGUCUCUUGGGUGAUAACGAGGCUUAGGGAUGCUGACUUGCCCUCGAUAGAAAUUUCUCUUGAGGAUUACAAAGGAAAGUGGCUCAUUCUCGGAUUUAUCCCCAUGGCCUGGACUUUUGUUUGGUAUGUAGCCUCCUUCUUGAGGUUUGAACAUCAUUCCGUGGAAUUAAUCACUGACCCUCCUUUGCCAUCUUUAUCAGUCCGACCGAAGUUAGUCGGCCCUUCUACACCUACAGGUCAGCCGAGGGUUUAAACUAAAUAUUAUUUCACAGAUCAUUGCUUUCUCUGAGGCUACCAAAUCUUUCGAGGAGCGUGGUGCCUCAAUUGUCUUUGCUUCUGUUGAUUCUGAGUACAGGUCAGUGUAGUCGCACUCAGUGUUGGUGUUGGGAUGGUUAGGAUGGGAGAUUUAGCUGACAAUGUCACAGCUUGCUAGCUUGGUCCAGCACCGAACGUAAGGACGGAGGUCUUGGGAAUGUCAAUAUUCCCUUGUUCAGUGAUAAGAACCAUAAGCUUGCCAAGGAUUAUGGGGUUUUGAUUGAAGAGGACGGUGUCGCCCUCAGGGGUUUGUUCAUUAUCGAUCCCAAGGGAACGAUCAGACAAGUAAGCGCAUAUGACUUGAUCAGAUAUCCUUUUCGUGGCUAAUGUGGGUGAUUUUUAGAUCACUAUCAAUGAUCUUCCUGUCGGAAGGUCGGUUGAUGAGACUCUUCGCCUUGUAGACGCUUUCAAGUUCACUGAGAAGGUAUGAUGAGACACUUUUACUAUCAAUCAAGUGGAUGGAAACUGACAUAACACUUAGUACGGCGAGGUUUGCCCUGCCAACUGGAGCCAGGGAGGCGAAACCAUCAAGGCCAAUCCCAAGGAAUCAAAGGAGUAUUUUAACAAGGUCCAUGGUUAGACACCCGAUUUGACUGGUAGCGGUGGAAUCAUAUUUGUCAGAUAAAAAAAAUGGGAGGAAGUGUGACUAGGAAGCGGUUGCUAGUAUCAUAUCGUACCAGUCCCCCCGCUCAUGUUAAUAAUUUCCCUUUGCAUCUAUCAGCGAAACUGUGGGUCCUUCUGAAAGAAAAAUAUUUUUAAAAAGAACUCUCUGUUCUUGAUUUUUUUUUUCCUUCCCAUUUUAAAAAUAACACUUGUUUUCGAAUUGACCUUUUCACGCUUUGACUGGGGGGGGGGGGGGGUAUCCUUUGAUGUUUUCAUUUCCUUCUAGUGAAAAAAUUGGGGGGUAGGAAAUGUUGGAAAGAUUAGACGGAUAAUCUGAUACCUUCGUGCCGUGGAUGCUGCUAUUGCCGGUAUGCGACCUUUGGGUAUGGUGUGGGGUGUCUUUAAGGUGUACCAAGCUGUUGCAUCAUGAAACACUUGAAUUUUGUCAGGGUUGAGGGUUAUAUGUUUAAAAGGCUUGAAACUAUGGUUCGUGCCAUUCAAAACCUGCACGAGGCUGAAGUGAUGUGUUACAUGUGGCUGUACCUCAGUUGAUGCCAAGCCUUGAAUUUUCCAUGGAAUUAUGGUCAAGGGUUUAAAUAAUAAUAUAUUUUAAAUAGAUUUAAAGAUAAAUAAUAUGAGGUUAUAAUAAAAAUAACAAGAGAAGAGAAAUGUUAAAAUAUUAACAAAUAUAUACAAUAAUCUUUUAAAAUAUAGUAUUAUACAUUAAUCCAACUCUCUACUGUUUUAUUAUAUAUACUAGAGAAAUAAUAGUUGUUGUCAUUAGGGUUAAUAAUAUUGCUUAUAGGUUACAGGUUAUAUUUACUCUUUUCAGUGCAUAAUAUGAUCUUUUUAAGCUAAAAUCCUAUUUCCUGAAUAAUGAAUCUCUAAUUACUAAGAAAUCAAACUGUGGCUGAUGUAACAUUUUUCUCUCUUUCUCACCAAAAGUACAACUUUUCAAAUUUGCAAGGAUCUCCAACCAGGAACAAAAAAAAUAAAAGAAAACCUCACGGUUAUUCUCCAUCAAGUUCUCUUCAACACUGAGGUUUUUUUUUUUCCCAUAAUGCUGCUAGUUGUAAAGCCUUGUCGAUUUAAAAGUUGUGGAAUUUCUGGUGCAGGUUUUGAAUGGCACGAACCAUACAAGUUUCUCAUCUAUCAUAUUCUAUUUAUAAUAGAAAACAUGACUGCAAUUUGUUAUCAUAAGAACCAAUUGUAUUGUUAUAUCAAUUAUCACAAAUUAUUG